AUGCUCAGCGGGGCUUCAAUAGUGAAACAAGGGAUCGUGCGCAACCUGAGAUCUAUCCCCCAACAGCUCCAGCCAUGCGGAGUCGACCUUUCGUUAAAUCGCAUUUUUGCCUGGACAUCGCACGCCACGAUUGACUUUGACAAUUCGCACCGGCAGGCGGCAGAUACGUCUGAGGAGUGCUUCGACAACGAAACCGGGAGCAUAAAAUUGUCCACGGGUGCAUAUCUCGUCGAAUUCAACGAGACCGUUCGCAUUCCGUUAGAUUGCAUGGGCGAGGUCUUUGUUAGAUCGUCUCUCUGGCGAUCGGGUGUUGCACUCACAGCCGGGGUGGUGGAUGCUGGCUAUGAAGGUGCGCUUGGUGCUUUAUUGGACAUCAAAAAUCCGGCUGGAAUUGUUUUGUACAAAAAUGCUAGGUUGGGCCAGAUUGCGUUGCGUAGGCUUGAGGAGGAGGUGGCAGGUUAUAGCGGUAUCUAUCAGUUUUCAGCGAAUAGUCGUGGGCGCGAUGGCCCAAGCGAAAGAUGA